AUGGAGUUAAAGAAGGACUCCGGGUUAUCCUGGGAGGUGGAGCUCUCCUGGGAGGAUGUUCCUCUGGGCUGCAACGAUCUGCCCCAGUUGAGCCUUUCCGAACAGGUCGGCUUUCUUCGACCGACUUUUGUUGAUCGGAAGUAUGACGUCAAAAAGUGUAUGUUUGUGUCCAGUCUUCAGGACUGCCGGGAAGCGGCUUCUGAAACUCCCAUGGACCAUAUCAAACCGCCGAAGAACUUUACCCUAUCUCGGGAGAGCAUGAAUGUUGCUCUGGAUGCCUUCCGAGCUGGGCGAUCAGUGGUUGAUGCUACCCAGGAGGUUGCCCAGCGGGCUGCUGUUGUAAGGACGGAAGUUGCCUCAAGGGAUACUGGCAAGCCAGCUGAGGGCUCCGAGCUCGUGAGGGCAGAUGCUGCCUCGUCUUUAGGGGAUGCCCCUGAGGAGAGGUUUAAGGCCUCUUCAGCUGAUAGGAGGGCCCUCGAGGGUGAGAUCGAGGUCAUCUCGGCCAGUGAAGGUGUCCGAGGAGCUGCUGUAGAGGUCGCCUCUGUUGUCGAGGACAUCCCUAGAGAGGAGGGCGAGUCCAGGCCGGUUGAUGUCAUUCCUCCCCAAGGGAAGACCUCAGACGCCCCUGAGGGUGCUACUAAAAGUGUCGCGGGCAAGCGUUCUCUUCCCUCUAAUGUUCCUGCCCCAGCUCCUGCUCCCAAGAGGUCUCGGGCCUCCAGACGUCCAGCCCCAGCUCUCCCUCCCCUCGAGAAGGAGAAGACUCCCGUGGUGCCCCUACUCUCUGCCCCCGAUAAUGAGAUUCUUAACGCUGAGGACAUCACCCAUCAAUCUUCUGCGAGCGUGGUCGCGGAGGUACUUCGAGAGCAGAUGUUUGGUGGGGAUACUGAGGCUUCAGACCCUCGUCUCCUGGCUCUUAUCGGGCUCUUGGCGAGCUUUACCAGGGAGCAGGUGGCGUUCCACUCUCGUACUCGAGAGCAGCUCGGUGAUACUGUCAGGGAGAUGCUCCUGAUGGCGAUGGGCGUUUUCAUGGAGAUUGACGCCCGAGAUCGUUCUCUCAGGGACUCCGUGGACCGCCGGAUUGAAGAGGCUCACCUCGAGGAGAAUCUGGUGGUCACGAGUGACGCUCGGGGUCAUCUGGCCGCAGCCCAGGAGCAUCUGAAGACUCUUCGGGAGGAACUGUCUUACACCCUGGACGCUUUGAAGAGGGCUGAUGAGAGGGCAGCUGCAGCGGAGGUUCGCCGGGACGAGGCGUUAGGGCAGCUGUCCUCCUUGGAAGAAGCCCGUCGGGAGAGAGAUGAGGUCGUGAGCCAGAAGAAUGAGGUCUGGCGUCAACAUGAGGCACUGAAGACAGAUUACGAGGGAGCUCGGACUCGUUAUGAUGUCGUGCUGGCUCAGAGGGACGAAGCCCUAGCUCGGAGAGUUGUGCUCGAGCAGGAGCUGAGCAAGCGUGCUAAUAAUGUCACAGACCUGACUCUGGCAGUAGAGGCAUCCAAACUUCAAAACCAAUAUCUUUGCCAGAAGGUCGAAGCUCUGAAAAAGAGGUGCUCAGCCCUGCUCGAGGAUGCCAAGCGUGCUGAAGACAAAGUCCAGUUGGCGUGUGAGGAGCGCCUGCAGGAGUAUAGGGAGUCUGCCGAGUUGAAGGCAAAGAUAGAGGAGGCCUGUAAGGCAAGGCUUGCGAAGUUUAAGGCCUCUGAUGAGCUAAAAAAUGAGAUCUGGCACAGGGAUUUCCGUAUGUUUGCCUUUGGGUAUAAUCGAGGCCUAAGAGAAGCCAGGGCGGCUCCCUCCACCCCAUUAGGUCAACUCCGAGCCCCAGAAGUGGAUUCAGACGGCGAGGAGGUGAUCUAUGGGGAGGAUGAUAACCCUCUUCCUAAAGGGACUUCUCGCGCUGCCACUGAACCUUUGGAAGAGGAUGCCAAGCUAGGGGAGGAAGACGAGCAAGAAGGCAGCCAGUCCAUAGAAGAUGAUGCUAGGCCUCAGGGGGAAGAUGCUGGGCCCCAAGGAGGGGAGGUAGUGCCCUUCGUGGGCACCGGGGAAUUAGAGCAGGAGGGCGUUGGGCUCCCCAAAGAUAGUAGUGUAGGCAAUAGCGUAGGCAAUAGCGUAGGCAAUAAUGUAAGUCCUUUACGGAUAAUUUUCCCUCCCAUAGUUAUAGAUGAUUAG